AUGAACGAAUUAGUUCUCAAAUUAUUAAUUCAAAUGCCAAGCAUUAUAGAGCGGUAAUAUACCCAGAACUUGACCAAGCCCUAAAAGAAUUUGUGCUAAUUUAUCAAAAUAAAAUGAUUUUAAGUGAUGCAAUACUUGUUGAAAAAGCCAAACUACUUGCCAAUGGCUUGGGAAUUCCUGAGGGUGCGUUGAACUUUUCUCAUAGUUGGCUUGAUAAGUUUAAAGAUCGAAACAAUAUUUGUCAACGUAAACUUGAAGGGGAAGCAGAGUCAGCAGAUGAAGUAGCUAUUAUUAAUGCCUUACCUGCUCUAAGAAACAA